GCGAGCAGAAAGGAAAUUUUCAUCGCUGCCCGCACACCGAGAGGAGCGGCAAUUACGGGGCCAGAAAAACUUCUUCGAGAAAAAAGAAAAUAUCGAACGGUUUCUCGGUUCGAAAUUCUACUGCAGAGAGUCAAUAAUUGGGAACGCCGUCAUUCGUCUUUUCUCCUAUACCUUUCUGCUUAGACUUCAUAGAUAUGAGCUUGGCAGCCACACGCAAUCAUAAUACGCCGGUGAGCUGAGUUCGAUCGAACCCUAUAUUCGUCCUUCCUUGUUCCUGAGGCGGUGAAGCUUUCGACUUGUGUACAACUUCGGAACUACGAAGCUUGGGGUACCCACGACAGCAAUACACGGACUUGAGGAUAUCACACUUUGUAGCAUUACGCCCCUCGAUCACGACCUGCGUUAGGUCUGCAAGCUUGUUGCAAGGUUCACGGACCAUUGAGUUAGCUUUACGGAAUCUCAGGGGGUCACUUUUCUUGAGUCUCUUCCGAACCCCGUCGCUCGUCGUCCCACUGAGAAAUUACAUUCUCUGCCACACAAUCGAGAAAUUUGGGUCUCUGAAAAUUUCAGUCACCCCACCCCGUCGUCCGCUCGUCCGCCCGUUCGCUCAGUAACACCGCAAGCAAGCGGCUCAAUAUUCGGCUCCCAAACGUCCACAAAGCUUCUCUCUCGCUCACUUCGUCUCCCUCUCUCCUUCCCACCCUCCAAGACACCCACAACCACCAGCCACUUCAAUCUCCUCCCCCGCGACCUCUGCAAUCAUCUGUCGAGAGCAGCUUUUCAACAUUUGCUUUUAUACCUUCUUUAUUGCUCCCUCGUUCUCUUUUCGUUGGCCUUUUUUUUUUUUCUUUUUUUUUUCUUUUCCAAAAUAAUCUCCCCUGCACAAUCUGUUUUAAAAUGGCGCCCUUUACCCUCGGAUGUGAACCUAUGGUUUUUGUUCACCUUCUACAUGACGAAUAUGCAGAAGGGGAUCAUCCUGGGGACGACGUUAUUGCUGGUGGAAUGGCUUCUAAUUUCGGGUUUGAACAGAUAGAGGACUCUCACAUUUGUGUAGUUAUGGUAGGACUACCAGCUAGGGGUAAGAGCUUAAUUGCUCAAAAAAGUGAGUAAAGAAUCAUUUUCUAAUUCCUCUGUUCUGUCUACCGUGGGCCUCCACCUAAGCCCCAGCACGCAUUUGCUAGCUUCUGGGCCGGUCUGAGCGCCUUUGGGAUGAAAUCUUGCGAGAUUCAUUAUCCCCAGCUUCGCUCCGAAUUUUUGAGCCCCUCCAGAUGUUUUUCCAUUUUUCCCGCUUCCGUUUUUACCGAGGAAGUCGCCUGCUCCCCUGCCCCUACGUUGCCUACCGUAGCACUGUUUCGUAUUCGCUACGUCGAUAACUCAAUUCAAGUAUUAAUUUUCUGAGAUCAUUACCUUUUGCUAACCGGAUUGUCUAUAGUUGUCCGUUACCUGAAGUGGCUCUCGGUUAAUGCCAAGUCAUUCAAUGUCGGUUCCUACCGUCGCGCCGAUACCCCACACCCGACUGCCGAUUUCUUUGACACUGGGAAUGCGGAAGGAGAACGUCUUCGUCGCGCUGCCGCAGAGGCUGCUGUCAAUGACAUGUUGCGUUGGUUCGAGCAUGAAGGAGGGCACGUCGGUAUUCUUGAUGCUACCAACUCGACCCGUACCCGAAGGGCUUGGAUCGAGGAACGUUGCAAGUCUAAAGGCUACGAUGUUAUGUUCGUAGAGAGUAAAUGCGAUGAUGAAGAGUUAAUCAUGAACAACAUCCUGGAGGUUAAGACUACCUCUCCGGACUAUGUUGGGCAAGACCCUGAAGUCGCAGCCCGGGAUUUCAGGGAUAGGAUUCGUAAUUACGAGAAGGUUUACGAGACUAUCGACGAGCCUCACCUCACUUACGUCAAGUUGAUAAAUGUUAGCUCUCAAGUCAUCAUCAAUCAGGUGUCGAACUAUUUACAAACUCGCAUCAUCUAUUUUGCAAUGAACUUACAUAUAACGCCGCGCUCAAUUUGGUUAUCACGCGUACGUGGGCUCCUUCCCUGCACUUGUAUCUAUCAUUAACUUCUAUUUUAGCAUGGCGAGUCUGAGUUCAAUGUUCUCGGGAAACUCGGCGGUGAUGCUAAUCUCUCGCCGCGCGGAAUGGCUUACGCAGAAGCUCUACCCGGGCUGGUGAAGGCCUCUGUUGGGGGCAAGGAUAUCACCCUCUGGACAUCAACUAUGAAGAGGACUAUCCAGACAGCCAAACACUUGACCUAUCCGAAGAAGCAGUGGAAGGCUUUGGACGAAUUGGAUGCUGGGGUUUGCGAUGGGUUAACUUAUGAAGAGAUUGAGAAAAAAUAUCCCGAGGAUUUCCGUGCUCGUGAUGAUGACAAGUAAGGACUUCUAGGACCCCGGUUCACGGCCUUUGUUAACAGAUGGGUUACAGAUACAAUUAUCGCUACCAGGGAGGAGAAUCUUACCGCGAUGUAGUCAUCAGAUUGGAGCCUAUCAUUAUGGAAAUGGAGAGGGGUUCUGAUAUUAUGGUCGUUACUCACCAAGCAAUCCUUCGUUGCAUUUAUGCGUAUUUCAUGAAUGUGCCUCAGGACCAGUCCCCGUGGAUGGAAAUUCCUCUCCACACAGUUAUCAAGCUUACCCCCCGCGCCUAUGGUACUCAGGAAGAGAGGUUGGCACUAAAUUCCAAUACAUCAUUUUUGCUAAUUGCUGACCUUUCUGCAGAUUUAAGGCAAAUAUCCCCGCCGUAUCCACCUUCAGAGCCAAGUAUACCUCCGCCAAUAUGGGCGGCGAAACUCCCGAGAGGGUUAAACCCCCCGUCGCCGGAGCCCAGGCAAACGGAGUCAUUACCAUUAAUGACGAUGUUGAAUCUGCCCCUCAAAAAGGGCGCGCCGUCUCCGUUGUCGAAAGUCUAGGACUCAAUGGCGAUAAACCCGCCGUGGAGUAGCCUCCAUAGUUGUGAACUAGUGAAAAUUCCAAGGGAUCUAAUGUACUUUACUCACUGAUUCUUUUCCUUUCUUUUCCUUUCUUUUUCCUUUCCCUCUAUCCUCUUUUCUCUUGAUUCAUAUUUGGUUGGGUAAAAAUGCUUUGGGAAUACAGAUGAAAAAUCAACAACACGAGUGGGAUGAAGUUGACGGUUUAUGACUGCCGUUUUGUCGGAUGCUUAGAUAAUUGGGAGUUCUUAUUUCUUUCUUUGCGGGUCUGGGUGGAGGCGUCUUUUUCUACUACCACCUGUGCUUAGUCUACUGCCGUUUCGCGGCAGAAAGGGCCCUUUUCAUAUUCUUAGCCAUACCCUUUGAUCAUGUAUAGUUACCGUGUGUGCGCGAGCGGGGAUCGCGUUUAGGUUGAAAUGCAAAGUUAUAAUGAUACCG